AAUUCUUGAAACUCUUUGCUUUUGAUCAUCAACUCAUUUUUGGAAUUCUAUUUUCUUUCAGUUUUUUGUUCUUUGUUUAUACUUUGUUCUAAUGUGCUCUCGGUGAUUCUCCAUUUUGAUUCCCCUUUUCUAUAUCGUCUACAGUGUCCAAAAGAAAACAGGGGGGAUUCCGUAGAGAAGAUUUCUUUCUUUUUUUUUUUUUUUGGAUGAAAUCUAUGAAUCAUUCCCCAUCGUGAUCUCAGGGAAAGAAGAACAUGAAUCAACCGCGCAAUCGAUGAACAAGCAUAGUUUGCUUAAGGUUUCAAAUAAAUGAAAAUUAAUCUAUCGAGAUCUUUCGCGAAGAAAUCGAAUCGCAGAUGGAUCAGGAUCCUGGGACCAACGACGACCUGGCCACGUGCAGCAGCAGCGGCGGCAAGGCGCCACAGUGCUCCGUGAUCUCGACGUACCGGGCCAAGAUCGGCGGCGCGCUCCGUGCCGUGACGGUGGUGUGGAGCAAGAACAUGAUGCACCACUCGCUCUCGGUGUCGAUCGACGGCAGCCACGGCGCGGCGACAUGCAAAGUGGAGAUGAAGCCAUGGCCUUUCUGGAGCAAGAAAGGCUCCAAGUCCUUCGACGUUGACGGAAGCCAUGUCGACGUGUCGUGGAACUUCCGUCUGGCUAAGUUCACCGACGGGCCGGAGCCCUACGAAGGAUAUUUCGUCGCCGUUGUCUCCGGCGACGAGGUGGUGCUGUUGAUCGGCGACAGGAAGAAGAAGGCAUACAAGAAAACCAAGUCCGAUCCGUUUAAACCGCUUUCUUUUCUUUAUUCGGAAAUUUGCUCUUAAUGUUCACAUAAUUUGGGGUUGGAAUCUUGAGCAAGGUCGCGGCCGUCGUUGGAGGAGGCGGCGCUGGUGUCGAAGAAGGAGACGGUCUUGGGAAAGCGAAGCUUCGCCGCGCGGGCCAAGUUCGAUAGCCAGCGAAGCAAGGAACACGACAUCGUGGUGGAGCACUCCAUCUCCGACCAGACCAAGGACCGCGACGGCACCGAGCUGUGGAUCACCGUCGACGGCGCCGUCCUCGUCCACGUCGGCAACCUCCAGUGGAAGUUCCGCGGCAGCCAGAUCGUGUGGAUCGACCAGCUCCCGGUCCAGGUCAUCUGGGACGCCCACGACUGGCUCUUCAAGCCCCACGGCCUCACCCACGCCCUCUUCUUGUUCAAGCCCGGCCUGCCGGAGCCCAUCCCUGCGCCGCCUGAAGCAAACGAGCCCGACAAUGCUGCCGUCAUGGUUAACGACGAUGUUAGCGCUGCAGGUGGACAUUCUUCGGAGUUUUGCUUCUUCCUGCACGCUUGGAAGAUCGAAUGAUUAACAGCGAAGUAGCUCUGUUUUAUUAUUAUUAUUAUUAUUAUUAUUAUUUAUUCCUUUUC